AUGCUGCAAGGUAAAAACAUCCAAGAUGUGCUACAAAAGACUUUGAAACCGGUGUCGACCAUUGGUUCGGAUCAUGGUCCUUUGUAUUCGUCGAUACUUCUCUCGGGGAUUAAUGGGAGUAUAAUAUCAUAUGCCAACAGCGAAGAGACUCCCACGUCGUACAACAAGUCCGGAAAUAACUUGAAAAUGAUGGCGUUGCUGAUACGUGACAAAUGGAACGAGGACCAGUCGGACCAGAGCGCCCAGAAGACUUCCAGCUGCUACGCGUGGGAAUUGGACAAUGGGUCUGCUUCAACGCAUAUCUACACAUAUGAGCUCGAAGACCUGCAUGCCUGUGUGGCGCAGAUCCCACGCAGCGAUCUGCUGUUGCUAUUUGUCGCCGGCGGCGAAUAUCCGUAUGGGUUGGAGGUGUUGAAGAUGAAGUUUGCAUUGAAGUCGUUUUCGAGCAUGUACGAUUACAAACUCAACUAG